AUGGCUGAAACUGAGGACUGUGUGGGUUGGGAGCCACAUCCAGUUGAUGAUGCCUUAUCUAAAGAACCAAUGAAAAAGAGACGACGAUCAGAUCGAGACAAGCGGUUCCGAGCAUUUCCCUCCAUGGAGCAGAGUGCCCUGAAGGAAUAUGAAAAGCUGGAAUCGCGGACCAGAAGGGUUUUGAGCAACACCUAUCAGAAACUUAUUCAGUCUGUCUUCCUGGAUGACAGCAUCCCUAAUGGAGUCAAGUAUCUCAUAAAUAGACUUCUUGCCUUAAUUGAAAAGCCAUCACUAGAUCCAAUCUACAUUGGACUCUUUGGAAGCUCUGGGGCUGGAAAGAGCUCCCUGAUCAAUGCCAUUAUCCAGCAAGCCAUGUUUCUACCAGUGUCUGGAGAAAGUAUAUGCACUUCAUGCGUUGUACAAGUGAGCUCAGGCUGCUGUGUGCAGUACGAGGCCAAAAUCCACCUUCUCUCUGACCAGGAGUGGAAGGAGGAGCUGAAGAACUUGACUAAACUUCUGCAUGGGACGGAGGAGCUGGGCGGAGAAGAGGCGGACGCAUGGGACGGGGAUGACGCCACAGAGGAUGCCGUCUGGAAGUUACAGAUGGUUUAUGGAAAUGGGGCAGAAAUUAAGAGCUAUGAAGAGCUUCUAAGGGCGAAACCCAAGGGGAAGAUUCCCACCUCCAGAAUUAUCACCCUCAAGGCAGAAGAGGCGGGAGCGCUGUCUGUCAAGCUGGAUCCCUACAUCCGCACUCAGAGGAGACGCUGGGAUGGAGAGUCCGCUGAGACACACAUCUGGCCCUUGAUCAAAUACGUGGAAGUAACUCUUCCCAAAUCUGAGCUGAUCCCAGAAGGGGUCGUGCUGGUGGACAUCCCAGGCACAGGCGACUUCAACAGCAAGAGGGACGAGAUGUGGAAAAAGACCAUCGACAAGUGCGCCGUGAUCUGGGUGAUCAGUGACGUAGAGAGAGUUUCUGGGGGAAGAGCCCACGAAGACCUUCUACGUGAGAGCAUCAGAGCCUGCCAGCGAGGCUUCUGCAGGGAUGUGGCCCUGGUGAUCACCAAGACUGACAAACUCCACUUGCCGGAAUACCUGAGGGAAAGAAAGGUGGGAAAUAAAGCUAUUCAAAGUCAGCGAGAGGCUGUUUUAGAAAGAAAUGAAAUGAUAAAACUACAAAGGAAUAGAAUUCUCAAGGAAAAACUGAAGAGAAAACUGCCGACUGACUUCAAGGUUCUGGAAGCCUCAGAUCUGGUGUACACAGUCAGCGCCCAGGAGUACUGGCAGCAGGCCCUCCUCACUGAAGAGGAGACUGAAAUCCCCAAGUUAAGAGAAUACAUCAGGAGAAGACUCUUGGACAAGAAGAGGAGGAUGGUGACCAAGUAUGUGACUGAAGCCUUUGGCUUGUUGGUCCUCACAGACAGUUUCAACUCCACGCAAAACAUGUCGAACGAGCACUUGCGCUUGAGCAGCCUGCGGAGGUUCCUGGAAGAGGAGAUGGAGCUCCUGGAGAAGGCGAUUGCGCAGUGCUUCACCCACAUCAAGCAGCCUCUGCAGGAAGGAGUUGGAGCCGCCAAGGCUUCCUACCGACGCAUCCUCGGGGCCUGCCUCGUGAGGAGUCAAGGAAACCAAGGUUUUCACCAGACUCUGAAAGCUGUCUGCCUGAAAAAUGGCAUCUACGCCUCCAGGACUCGGGCAAGAAUCGACCUAAAUGAAGCCAUCACUCGGCCCAUCUAUGACCAGAUCGACCCUGUUUUUGGAGACAUUUUUAGGACCGGGAAGCCCACUGGUUCUGCUCUGAUGCCUCACAUAGAUGCUUUUAAGCACUCUCUGCAAGAGAAAAUGAUGGAAAUUGGGAUUAAAAAUGACUGGAAAUAUGAUAGCUGCAAAAAUAAUUUCCUGAUCCAGGAGAUAAGCGCCAUCCUGGGAGGCCUGGAGGGCCACGUCCUCAGGAGGAAGAGGAGGAUCUAUGAGUCGCUCACCACCUCUGUUCAGAACGACCUGAAGCCCUGCUACGAAGAGGCAGCUCAGAUCACUGGCAAAAAAGCGUGUGAAAGAAUGAAAGAUGUCAUCAGAAGAGGGGUGGACCGGCAGGUGGCCGAGGGCAUGUUUGAAAGGGCUCAAGAGAGGAUGCAGCACCAGUUUCAGCAACUGCAGACCGCGAUCAUGGAGAAGAUGAAGGGCAGCCUCGCCACCAUGUUGACCCUCGCUUCAUCCCAGGGCGAUGGUCUCUUCAAGGAGCUUGCAGAUGUCAAGAAUGAACACAGGGAGAUGGAGAAGCUGCACAGAAGCCUGAGGGAGGUGGCCGAGAAUGCCCUGCUGAGAAGGGGUAUGCAAGACUUCCUCCUGAGGAUGUCCCCCAGCAAGGCCGGCUCCCGCAGAGCAUCGCUCUAA